AAACCCAUUUCGUUCAGAGCAAGGUGUGGCAGACAGCUGUGUUGUGGCUGCUGAAAGCUGAAGCGUGGAGUGACUUCUGGACCCCUGGACUUGGAGUUUAAAGGAGGUUUGAAUGAAUCGGGACUCGUCUCAACACAAAUAAGACUUUCAGCUGUGAGGCUUCAGCUUCUCCACCAUGUUCUCCUCUCCUGCCCCUUAUAAGAAUCAGCACUAUGCUGAACUGAAGAAGCACUGCAUCCAGACCAAGACCCUGUUUGAGGAUCCGGAGUUCCCCGCCACCAAUUCAUCGCUGUUUUACAGCAGACCUCCUCCUGGAGUUGUGCAGUGGAAACGACCCAAGGAUAUACACAACUCCCCGCACCUGUUUGUAGAGGGCAUCAGCUCCCACGACUUGAACCAGGGGGUCGUAGGAAACUGCUGGUUUGUUGCUGCCUGCUCCUGUCUGGCUUUGAAACCACACCUUUGGCAGAAGGUAAUUCCUGACUGGAAGGAGCAGGAGUGGGAUUCAGAGCACCCUGAAAAGUACGCGGGGAUCUUUCACUUCUGUUUCUGGAUCUUUGGCGAGUGGAUAGACGUGGUGGUAGACGACCGGCUGCCCACAAUCAACGGCGAACUCAUCUACUGUCACUCAAAGCAGAACAAUGAGUUCUGGAGCGCUCUGCUGGAGAAGGCCUACGCCAAACUCUCUGGCUGCUAUGAGUCGCUAGAGGGGGGGAACACCGGAGAUGCUGUGGUGGACUUCAGCGGAGCUGUGUCAGAAGCCAUUGACCUAAAGAAGGAGGAGUUCUACAAAGAUCAAACCAAACAAGACACGUUUUUUGAGGACAUUCUCAAGGUGUGGGACCGCGGAGGAAUUAUCAGCUGCUCCGUCAGGGCAGAAAAACAUGAAAUCGAGCUGAAGAUGGGCAACGGGCUGGUGAAAGGCCACGCGUACUCAGUAACCGCAGUGAAGAAAGUGCGUUUGGGUCACGGGCUGCUGGCCUUCUUCAAGAAUGAAACCAUUCCUCUCAUCCGAAUGCGGAACCCCUGGGGCAAAACCGAGUGGAACGGAGCGUGGAGUGACAGUUCUGAAGAAUGGUCAAAAGUCGGCGACACAGAAAGAGGCAAACUCGACAUUACCGUAGAGGACGAUGGGGAGUUUUGGAUGUCAUUCUCAGACUGGUGCAAGUUCUUCACCGAUGCAGACAUUUGUCGUCUCAUGAACACCUCGCUUAUUAGUAUAAAUAAGACCUGGAAUGAGGUAGUGCACUUUGGCAGCUGGACCAAACACGGAGAUCCUCUGCUGAACCGUUGCGGCGGCUGUGCUAACCACAAACACACAUUCCUGCAGAACCCGCAGUACUUGUUUGAUGUUACCAAGGAAUCUGAUGAAGUCCUGAUCUCCUUGCAGCAGAGAGACAUGAAGAUCCACAGAAGAUAUGGUCAGGGAGAAAAUCUAACCAUUGGCUUCAGCAUUUUAAGGGUGGAGCUGAACAGGAAGUAUCGGCUGCACGAAAUCCUGACACAAAAGUGUCUGCAUACCAGCACCUACAUCAAUGCUCGGACCGUGUUCAUGAGGAGCAUUCUGCCACAGGGCCGAUACGUCGUUGUCCCCACUACCUUCCAUCCUGGCAUACUGGGGGAUUACAUGCUGCGACUUUUCACAGACGUGGACUCCGGCUGCCGGGAGCUUGUGAAGCACAAGCCAGCUGUUAAGUGCUGGACUCCGAUGGUCGGGUAUCCUCAAGCUGUGACCCACGUCUACGUGCAGGGAGCUGAGAUCGAGCAGAGUGCAGACCAGGAUGGCAAAGACCCGUACGUGAUCAUAUCCUGCGAGGGCCAGAAGGUGACGUCCACCGUCAAGAAAGACACUUUGACCCCGGAGUUUGAAACUGCCGCUAUUUUCUACAGGAAGAAAGUCAGAAAGCCCAUAACAGUGGAGGUGUGGAGCAGUAGAUUUGGGAGGGACACGUUCUUGGGCCAGGUAGUGCUGUCCGGGUUACCCACUGACACCUCCGACCCUCAGAGGCUCCAGCUGAAGAAGAGCGGCCUUCAGAUGGCGGACGACAUGCCUGGCAACAUCUCUCUGAGGAUCGUCACAGCGAACCAGCUGACAGCCAUAUGAUGAGACAGAGCCUUCCUCCGCCUUUGUAACUUUUUUGACUCGUGCCGUCGUCGACCAACCAGGGCAGUUCCAGCACUGUCCAGUUAUGAGUUAAAAAAAAAAAA